AACACAACAGCGACAGCACGCGACAAUCGAUAAUCGCCCAGUACACCAACAAAACAAAAACAAAUACAAAAUAACUGUGAAAAUGCAUGCCUGCAAAUUGCUGUUGACUUUGCUGCUUUCGCUGCACUGCUUGCAAGGCCUUUUGGCCGCCUGUGUGUGUUCGGAGAAGGGCACGGAUUACUGCCAGAGCUGUCAGGGUCCGACAAUAGUGCGUCCCAAGCCGCGUUACUAUGAGCCCAGCGAUGUGAACUUAUCGCCAAUUGGCGAUAACUGCUGGUGCAGCAAGCAACUGAUCGAGCCCGCUCAGUUGCCCAAGACGUGUGGCAAAGUACGUGAGCUCUUUCAAUAUGUGCACGCGUUUAACAAUCUCUUGAGCCGUCGCAUGCUCGAGGGCGCCAUCGAGGCCAAAACGCUGGCGGCACAGCGUCUGGCCGAGCGCUUGCAGCGUCUGCAGCGCAUGGGGCAAGUGGAAUGCCACCGGCGACGUGGCACGCCAUGCAAACCCACCUGCGGCUGCCAGCAGAGCGACAGCGGCGAUAGUAGCUACACUAGCUGCAGCAGCAGCAGCUCCAGCUCCAGUUAUGAUAACAUUGCGUACGCUGCGGAAAAGUCACAGGACAACAGCCCAGCUGCGGAUCCCAUCAGUGUGGGAUUAGCUGCCCAGGCGGGCAAGGCGAUCAAUGUCCCUGAGGCAAAGUUGGCCUAUGGCUUUGCCCAGAAACCGGUGGAUGGACAGCAGAAGGUCUUCUUCUCCAAUGUGCCCGAGGAGAAUCUGUUCAAGCUGAAGAGCGAAGUGAUUACGCUUAAGAAGCGCACCUAUGCCGCCAAGGAAGAGGAGGAGGAAUACGUUGAGGAGGAGGAACAGGACAACACCGGCGAUGAUGACGACGUGCCACAGCUGACAUACAAACAGUUGGGCUACAUUACCGAACAGUACAAGAAUCCCAAGUUCAAGAAGAUCACCUCCAGCAAAUCAUCAUACUCCAGCAGCAGCGACAGCGAUAGCUACGGCAAAGUGGGCGGCAAGGUGUCCGUCGACUGUGGCUUCAAGCCCGGACGCGUCACCUCGUAUCGCAGUGCACGACGCCAGGAGCUGAUGAGCGAUAGCUAUUAGGAUUAGCUUUACGCACACACACUUCUCUCUCCCACUGUACAUAAUUGUAAAUGAGUUUAGUUCGUUGAUUAGUUGGAUGGAUGUAUUAGAAUAAUUGCUUAGCAAAUUCAAUUGUAGACACUUUUGCACCCAAAAUUUUAUUAUAGGAAAAUACAAAUUCACGGCAUAAUCCGUUAAAGAUACCAAACACAAUUUUGUGUGAUAAAUAAUGUUUGUUUAUCAAUAAUUUCAAGAGCAAACAAAAAACGGUUUGUAGCUCGUUUGA